CCUGUGGGUAAGGUCUCAAGGUGCCCAAUAGUAGCAGUAGGACAUGGGAGAAGGAGGUCUUGGGUUUGGGAAGGGCCUGAGGAAGGGGUCCCCAGACAGGGGUGCUGGGGUGAAGUCUGGGAUAUGUAGGGACAUGUGUGUGUGGGUCUCAAGGGCUUGAAAGGGCUGAGAGAGGGGCCUGGGGGUGGGAGGGGUGGUGGCCAAUCUUGCGUGUGUGACCCUCCGCAGCAGCUUCCCUGGCAUGGGGGUGAAGCGGCGCCUUCAGAGCGGGGGCACCUUGCUGGGCUUCUUGGCCCAAAUCCUCACGAUUCUCUCCACUGCCACCAACUACUGGAUCCACUACCCUGGGGGCCACAGUGGCCUGUGGCAGGAGUGUAAUGGCGGCAUCUGCUCCAACAUCCCCUGCCAGACCAUGCUGGCGGUGGUGGGCGCGUGCAUGGUGCUGGCGGCGUGCUCCGCCGUCGUGGGUUUGGUGAUGGGGCUGCGGAUUCUGUGCCACGAGGGUGACUCACGGGGCCAGACUAUGAGCGGCACCUUCUUCCUCUGCGGGCUGCUGCUGCUGAUCGCCCUGACAGGCUACACCGUCAAGAACGCGUGGAAAAAUGACGUCUUCUUCUCAUGGUCCUAUUUUUCGGGGUGGCUGGCUUUACCCUUCUCUAUUCUUGCGGGCUUCUGCUUUCUGCUGGCGGACAUGAUCGUGCAGAGCACGGACGCCAUCAGCGGAUUCCCCGUGUGCUUGUGACCGCAGCCUGCCUGGGGCAGAAUAAAGGAACGGCUUUCA